AUUCACAAAACAACAGCAAUGUCUGUAAUGGCAACCUUUUUGCGGCCUUUGGCACGACAGCAAACAGCACAGAUCAGCAGCCUCUCACGAUCAUUUUCAUCCCUUCCUACCACUGGAGCAGAUUCACAAUCGGGUGAAGUCAAUAAGGAUGCUGUUUUGAAAAUCUUGGAUGACUUUAACACCCAAGCAAAAAGCUGCAGCACAAGCUAAGCAGAAUUCACAACGUCAAACCAAAGGACUUAUCAGUGGAGCAACAUAUCACCCCGAUGCACUUGUUGAUUCUCGACCUCGUCAGCAGCGCCCAAAGACCAUCACUCCUUCCCAAGAUCCAUUCGAUGCUCUCGGUUUGGAUCCCCUGAAGGAAUAUAAAAAUUUCAACCUAUUAUCGAACUUCGUGUCUGAUAUUGGCAAGAUUCUCCCAAGAACACAAACAGGGAUAACCGCAAAGAACCAACGAAAACUCGCCAAAGCAAUCAAGAGAGCGCGUGCCAUGGGAUUGAUGUCCAGCACCGGGAAAGUCUCGUCAGUCGGUAGCUAUUUCGGUGUAUAGAUGGGAGAUUCAUUUUGUAGAAUAUAAAAAAAAAAUCAUAGAGUCAUUAUAUAAUGCUAUUCUUGACGGAGAUGCGGUUUGCUUCACUAGUGAUUAUCUACGUGGAUAAUGGACAUGACGGGGGUUUUUAUUGCGAUGAUAUGGUACAUUUGCAUUGGUUUAUGGGUUGUCCCAACGUGAGAAGAAAUUAAGGAUAUGUUAAAGGUAUUAAUCCGUGACAACAUGGUA